AUGCAGACUGAAAUAAACUCACCGGCGUUACUCGAUUCACUAAAAUGUCCAAUUACGCAUGAAUUAUUUCGUGAUCCUGUUAUUGGCGCUGAUGGUCAUACAUAUGAACGAAAGAAUAUCAUAGCAUGGAUUCAAAAACAUGCUACAAGUCCAAUCACACGUGAAUCAAUGGAUUUGCAGACAUUAAGACCAAAUUAUAUUGUAAAAAAGAUGGUCGAUGAAUUUUUAUCAUUGUCAUCACAAAAAAAAUAUCAUUUUCGUCUUGAUAUUGAUGUAUGUAAAACUAAAGAACGGCCAAUGUUUCAAAGUUCGAGUAAAACAAUUUAUGAAGCAAAAUGGAUGUUAAAUCAUGGGCCGCCUAUUGUAUUAAUUAAGAUUGAUGGAGCUAGAGCAAAAUGUGAAGCUAGCUUUUAUGUACAACUUAGUUGUCAUCCACAUAUUGUUCGAACUUAUGGAUUAGUUGAUAGUGACUCACCGGAUAGUAUUAUCUUGGUUCAAGAACAUGCACCUGAGGGUGAUCUCAGGCAUCUUUUACGUAGUAAUAAUUUUCAACCGACUUUUGAAGUUUUACUUGAAAUUUUCUGGCAAAUUGUUGAUGCUAUGAUUUGUUUAGCAGAUAAUCGAAUAAUUCAUGGUGAUCUAGCAUGUCGUAAUGUACUCGUUUUUCGAUCAAGUUCUAACCAAUCUACAGAAAUAUUAGUUAAACUAACUGAUUUUGGCCUUACUCGAGCUAGUCCACUUUUUUCAGUAUUUGACUCACCGACAUCAUCUACAAUGACAAUGAUUCCAGUUCGUUAUGCUGCGCCUGAAAUACUCUGUGAUACAUCUUCGACUAGUUAUUCGGAAAAGUCAGAUGUUUAUUCUUUUGGUAUUCUAAUGUGGGAGGCAUGUUCAAAAGGUGCAAUACCUUAUGGAGAUUUAAAAACAAGUGAUAAUGUGUAUCAAGAAAGAUUAAAAGGAAAAUUACUUGAACGACCACAUAUGUGUUCUAGUGAAUUUUGGAACAUUAUUGUAAACUGUACACAACAAGAACCGAAUAAAAGACCUAAUUUCAAAGCUAUCCAAGAAGAUUUACUCAGAUUGCGAUUUCAAAAUAAAGGAGAUUCGUUGAAUAGAAGAUAUUUAACACAAGUAAGAGAUAAAACGGAAAAUAUUUCAUGA